AAGCAUAAAACUUUACCAAAUCCUCUCUUCUCUCUCUCUUCAUCUUCUCUCUUGUGGGGGGUUCUAAUAAAUUCUGAUAGGGCAAGUUAUGAUGAACAGACUUUUGGGUUCUCAUUCUUUUUCCAUGACUAGUCUUUUUGAUCUGAAGACAAAAGCCAAAUAUUUGAAACCUGCCAUGAAGAACAAUCUCAAAGAUCCAGAACAUAUAUACUCUUCAUGGAACUUUUCAAAGCUAAUGGCUUUCUUCUUCUUCUUAAUCUCCAUCUCCUACCUCUUCUAUUCCCUUAGAUUCGUUAGCCACUCUUAUGAUUGUGAUAAAACCCCCAACAUUCCCAUCACCCAUCAUCAUCAUAAUCAUCUAUCUGACACCACCACUUUCCCAUCUUCACAAGAGUCCCCAAAAAAGCCCUUUGAAGAAACCAAAAUUACCCACAUAGUAUUUGGGAUAGGAGCUUCAGCAAAGCUAUGGAAGAAGAGAAAAGAGUACAUCAAGCUUUGGUGGAGACCCAAUGAAAUGCGUGGCAUUGUGUGGCUAGAACAGAAGGUGAAAACUGAGCCUGGUGAUGAGAAUCUCUUGCCCCCUUUGAGGAUCUCUGAAGACACUUCAAAGUUCAAGUACAAUAACCCAAAGGGUCAUAGGUCUGCUAUAAGGAUCUCACGCAUAGUUUCAGAAACACUGAGGCUUGGAAUGGAGGGUGUGAGGUGGUUUGUGAUGGGUGAUGAUGACACAGUCUUUGUCACUGAAAAUUUGGUGAAAGUUUUGCAAAAAUAUGAUCACAAUCAGUUCUAUUACAUUGGGAGUUCUUCAGAGAGCCACUUGCAAAACAUUUAUUUUUCUUACAAUAUGGCUUAUGGAGGUGGUGGUUUUGCUAUUAGUUAUCCUUUGGCUGUGGCAUUGGAGAAAAUCCAAGAUAGAUGCAUUCAGAGGUACCCUGGAUUGUAUGGCUCUGAUGAUAGGGUGCAGGCUUGUAUGGCAGAACUUGGGGUUCCACUCACCAAGGAGAAAGGGUUUCAUCAGUUUGAUGUGUACGGCAAUCUCUUUGGGCUCCUAGCGGCCCAUCCGGUGACACCGCUUGUAUCCCUCCAUCACUUGGACGUGGUGGAGCCCAUAUUUCCUAACGUGAGCCGGGUCCAGGCCAUAAAGCGGCUCAAAGGGCCCAUGAAAUUGGACCCAGCCGCGCUCAUGCAACAAUCCAUUUGUUAUGACAAGACCCGGACUUGGACCGUAUCCGUUUCUUGGGGCUAUGCGGUUCAAAUAUUCCGGGGCAUUUUCUCGGCCCGGGAGAUGGAAAUGCCAGCAAGGACCUUCUUAAACUGGUACAAGAGAGCUGAUUACACUGCCUAUCCUUUCAACACGCGCCCUGUCAGUAGACAUAUUUGUCAGAAACCAUUUGUUUAUUACUUGUCUAAUGCAAUUUAUAACAAGGGUACUAAUGAGACUGCAAGUGAGUAUGUUCGGGUUAACCCGAACCCAGAUUGCAAGUGGAAAAUGGCGGAUCCGACCCAAAUCAAAGUAGUAGAGGUUUAUAAGAAACCCGACCCGCAUUUGUGGGACAAGUCUCCAAGAAGAAAUUGUUGCAGGGUUCAACGUACAAAGAAGAAAGGAACUCUGGUGAUUGAUGUGGGGGAAUGCAAGGAAGACGAAGUUGUUGAAUUGUAGUUUGGGGAAUGGGUAACAUAACAGCUCCUAUAAGCAUGUUGAUAAUUCUUAAUCUUUUGUUAUAUGUAUUUUGUCCUCCUUCAUAAAAUGAGUUACUUUGUGAAUUUCUUGGCGGCCAGUGUAGACAAAGAUGAGUACUUGAACUCUAAAUUACAUUAUCCUCAGA